AUGUUUGGCAGAAUCUUUGUGCGUUCUCUAGCAAGUGCUAGUAAAGGUGUUAAACCACCUAUCCAAUUGUUCGGUCUAGAUGGUACAUAUGCAUCCGCUCUUUUCACUGCAGCUUCCAAGGACACUUCUAUCGAAUCCGCUGCUGCAUCUUUGAGUAACUUAUCUCAAUCCAUUCAAACCGAUCCAAGAUUGAAGGAAAUUGUUAGCAAUCCAUCUCUAGCAUCUAAGGACAGAAGCGUUAUCGUGGACACUCUAUCUACCGGCAAAUUGGAUGCUUCCGUUGCCAACUUGUUGAAAGUUUUGGCUGAAAACAACAGAUUGGAACUUUUACCAAAGGUUUCUAACCAGUUCACCGUUUUAACCGAUGCCUACAACGGCUUGGUCAAGGCUACUGUCAUUACUGCUCAACCAUUAGAUUCCAAAUCUUUCAAGAGAGUCGAAAAGGCUUUGGCUGGCUCUAACUUGGUGGGUUCUUCCAAGAGUUUGAAAUUGGUCAACGAAGUCAAACCUGACAUUCAAGGUGGCUUGAUUGUUGAACUUGGCGAUAAGACCGUCGACUUGAGCGUCGCUGCCAAGGUUCAAAGACUAAACAAGGCUCUAGAAGACUACAUCUAA